CUCCCCCUGAAGGGGAUGUGAAGAAGAGCACCCUCCGGUCUGUCUGACAUACAGGAAGAAGUUGAAUAAGUCUCAAAACACUGCGCUUUCUUCAAAAAUCGUCUCCAGUUUUUGUACUUUUUCGCUUGCAUUACCCUGCAUCGACUUUUUGAAAUGUAGAUCUAGCAGAAUGAAUCUGAGGACUGCUGUUAAACUGGACCCGCUGUGUUAACGCGUGGAUUUCUUCACGAGCAGGGGAGUAUCUGUCGUUCAUAAAUGGAAAACCAGGACUGACCUACAAACAGGGUGAAACAUGUCCGAGCACCGAUCUAGUUUUCUUCACAUUGGAGACAUCGUGUCUCUGUACGCGGAAGGCUCGGUGAAUGGCUUCAUCAGUACUUUGGGGCUGGUGGAUGACCGGUGUGUGGUCCAGCCUGAUGCAGGAGACCUGGCUAACCCUCCUAAAAAGUUCAGAGACUGCCUCUUCAAGGUGUGUCCCAUGAACAGAUAUUCAGCCCAGAAGCAGUUCUGGAAGGCAAAACAAGGAAAACAGGGAAACAACAACACGCAGGGAGACCUGUUUAAGAAGUUACAGCAUGCAGCCGAGCUGGAGCAGAAGCAGAACGAGUCAGAGAACAAGAAGCUCCUUGGAGAAGUUGUCAAAUACAGUAAUGUCAUCCAGCUCCUGCAUAUUAAGAGCAAUAAGUACCUGACGGUCAACAAGCGUCUCCCUGCUCUGCUGGAGAAGAACGCCAUGCGAGUUUCUUUGGACCCAGCUGGGAACGAGGGCUCCUGGUUCUAUAUCCAGCCCUUCUGGAAGCUCCGCAGUGAGGGAGAUAAUGUGGUGGUUGGAGACAAGGUGGUGCUGAUGCCAGUGAACGCAGGGCAGCCUCUUCAUGCCAGUAACAUUGAGCUGCUGGACAACCUUGGCUGUAAAGAGGUUAAUGCUGUGAACUGCAACACCAGCUGGAAGGUCACCUUGUUCAUGAAAUUUAGUGACUACAGGGAAGAUGUGCUGAAGGGGGGAGACGUGGUGAGGCUGUUUCACGCAGAGCAGGAGAAGUUUCUGACCUGUGACGAGUACAAAAAGCAGCAGCACGUCUUUCUCAGGACCACGCUGAGGCAGUCUGCCACCUCGGCUACCAGCUCCAAGGCCCUGUGGGAGAUCGAGGUUGUGCACUAUGACCCCUGUAGAGGUGGAGCUGGCCAGUGGAACAGCCUCUUCAGAUUCAAGCACUUGGCGACAGGAAAUUACCUCGCUGCUGAGGUGAACCCUGAAUUCAAAGACAACAGUGUGGAGCCGAAAGGAGAGAAUGAGUCAGAUAUUGUGUUCACCAAGAAGAAGCAUCAAGCGGCAGAGAAGAUUGCUUUCACUCUGGUCUCUGUUCCCCAUGGGAGUGACAUUGCAUCUCUGUUUGAGCUCGAUGCCACCACUCUGCAGCGGGCUGACUGCCUGGUGCCCAGGAACUCCUACGUAAGACUGAGACACCUGUGCACCAACACCUGGGUGACAAGCACCAACGUCCCCAUUGAUGCAGAGGAGGAGCGUCCAGUUAUGCUCAAGAUUGGCACCUGUCCCACUAAAGAGGAUAAGGAGGCUUUUGCCAUCGUGUCAGUCCCUCUGUCGGAGGUCAGAGACUUGGACUUCGCAAACGAUGCUAGCAAGGUCCUGGAGUCAACUGUGAGGAAGCUGCAGUACGGCAACAUCGCUCAGAAUGAGAGGAGGUUUGUGACUAAGCUCCUGGAGGACCUGGUUUUCUUUGUUUGUGUGGUACCAAACAAUGGCCAGGAUGUGCUGUCUGUGGUCACCUCGACACCCAACAGAGAAAGGCAGAAACUUAUGAGGGAACAGAACAUCCUUGCACAGAUCUUUGGUAUCCUGAAGGCUCCGUUCACAGAUCAGGGUGAUGGUCCGAUGCUGAAGUUGGAGGAUUUGGGCGACCAGCGCUAUGCACACUUUAAAUACAUGUUAAGACUGUGCUACAGGGUGCUACGCCACUCCCAGCAGGACUACCGCAAAAACCAGGAAUACAUAGCCAAGAAGUUCUCAAUCAUGCAGUCUCAGAUUGGGUACGAGAUCCUGGCUGAGGACACGAUCACUGCUCUGCUGCACAACAACCGUAAAUUGCUGGAGAAACACAUCACAGCCAGAGAGAUCGAGACCUUCGUCAGCUUGCUGAGGCGCAACAGAGAGCCCAGAUUCCUGGACUAUCUCUCUGAUCUCUGUGUGUCCAACAAGACUGCCAUUCCUGUCACACAGGAGCUUAUCUGUAAAUUUAUGCUGAACCCCACCAACGCAGAUAUCCUCAUCCAGACUAAAUUCAUCCCUAACACUGAGACCACCCUGGAGUCCUCUCUGCUGCAGGAGGAGGUGGAGGAGGAGGAGGUUUGGCUCUACUGGAUUGACAGCCACAAGGAGCCUCAUGGCAAAUCCAUUCGGCACCUGGCCCAGGAUGCUAAGGGCAACCACAAGAUGGAUGUAGACAUUAUCACUUACUACAGGUACCAGCUCAACUUGUUCGCCAAAAUGUGUCUGGACCGUCAGUACCUCGCCAUCAACCAGAUUUCCUGUCAGCUUCCUGUGGAUCUGAUCCUGCGCUGCAUGUUUGACGACUGCCUGCCCUAUAACCUCAGAGCGUCCUUCUGCCGCCUCAUGCUGCACAUGCAUGUGGACCGGGACCCUCAGGAGGCAGUGGUGCCCGUUCGCUAUGCCCGCCUCUGGACCGAGAUCCCCUCCAAGAUCACCAUCCAUGAGUUUGAGUACGAAUCCACGGACACCUCAAGAGACGAGAUGAAGAGGAAAUUUGCUGAGACCAUGCAGUUUGUGGAAGAAUACCUUAAAGAUGUGGUCAACCAGCCUUAUCCUUUUGGGGACAAAGACAAGAAUGAACUCACACUGGAGGUGGUGAAUCUGGCUCGGAACCUGGUGUACUUUGGUUUCUACAGUUUUAGUGAGCUACUGCGUCUCACACGCACUCUGCUGGCCAUCCUGGAUAUUGUCCAGCACCCACUCACCUUCAUGAACAAGCUCAACAAGAGUCCUGAGGCUGGCAACAAUGUCCUUCGUACGAUCCACGGUGUUGGGGAAAUGAUGACUCAGAUGGUGAUGAGUCGUGGUGUCCCUCACAGCCUCCCUGACACGCCGCCCUCCCUGCGCUAUGGGAAAGGACACUUCUUGCCAGAUAAUGAGGACGUCAUGGUGAUGGACACCAAGCUGAAGAUCAUUGAAAUCCUGCAGUUUAUCUUGAGUGUGAGGCUGGAUUAUAGGAUCACAUACUUGCUGUCCAUCUACAAGAAAGAGUUUGGGGAGAAGAGCAUCGCUGAGAGCUCUGCCUCUUUGUCUGACAUGCUCCCAUUCAUACCUUCUGAACCUGACAUUGAUGAGAUUGCAACAAACGCAGAGAGCAUGUUUGCGGGGAGUUCAGAGUUAAGUGCGGUGGAGCUGGACGACGAGGGUGGACGGACUUUUUUGAGGGUUCUGAUCCAUCUCAUCAUGCAAGAUUACCCCCCACUUGUGUCUGGCUCGCUGCAGCUCAUCUUCAAGCACUUCAGCCAGAGAGCCGAGGUGCUGCAGGCCUUCAAACAGGUCCAGCUGCUGGUGUCGGAGCAGGAUGUAGAGAACUACAAACAGAUCAAAACAGACCUGGACCAGCUGCGUCUGACUGUGGAGAAGUCAGAGUUGUGGGUGGAGAAGAGUGGAGUGUACAGCGGGGAGGACCUCGGAGUUAGACAGGGCAAAGAGCAGAACAUCGAGGUGGUGUACCAUCACUUCAUGGAGGUUGUCCUGAGCCCUGUGCAGGAUGGAGAUAUAAAACCCCAAAUAGACAGCAACAAAGCAAACAAUUACAACAUCGUCAAAGAAAUCCUGCUGCGGCUCAGUAAGCUGUGUUACCCCAGUAAGAAGAGUCGAGUGCAGCAGCAGAGGCUGCUGAAGAACAUGGGGGCUCACACUGUGGUGCUGGACUUGCUACAGAUCCCCUAUGAGCAGAGUGAUGAGAAGAUGAAUGAGAUCAUGACCCUGGCACACACAUUUCUGCAGAAUUUCUGCAGAGGAAACCCUCAGAAUCAAGUUCUUCUGCAUAAAAACCUGAACCUCUUCCUCACUCCAGGGACUGCCUCCUGUUUUUACCAGCUGCUGGAAGCAGAGACAAUGCGCCACAUCUUCAUGAACAACUACCAGCUGUGCAAUGAGAUCAGCGACCGAGUUGUCCAUCAUUUUGUCCACUGCAUUGAGACACACGGAAGACACGUACUGUACCUCAAGUUCCUGCAAACCAUUGUUAAGGCUGAUGGGAAGUAUGUGAAGAAAUGUCAGGACAAAGUAAUGACGGAGUUAGUAAACGGAGGCGAGGAUGUGCUGGUGUUCUACAACGACCGCUCCUCGUUCCCAGUGCUGCUGCAGAUGAUGGGCUCUGAGCGAGAGCGGACAGACGAAGACGGAGCUCUGGCCUACCACAACACGCUGGUGGAGCUGCUGGCAGCCUGCACGGAGGGCAAGAACGUCUACACUGAGCUUAAAUGCAACUCUCUGCUCCCCCUGGAUGACAUCGUCAAAGUUGUUACUGAUGUCCACUGUAUACCAGAGGUGAAGACUGCUUAUGUAAACUUUGUGAAUCAUUGCUACGUGGACACAGAGGUAGAAAUGAAGGAGAUCUACACCUCCAACCAUAUCUGGAAGCUCUUUGACAACUUCCUGGUGGACAUGUCCAGUGUGUGCAACACUACCACAGACCGUAACCAUGCAGAUCUGGCCCUUGAGAAGUAUGUGACGGAGACGGUGAUGGCUAUUGUCAAAGGUUUCUUCAGUUCGCCUUUCUCCGUCAACCACUCCAACCUGCAGACAAAUCAGUCUGUCUUCAUCAAGCUGCUCCAGUCCUCCUUCAGGAUCUACAACUGCACGUGGAUCACCUCAGCUCAGAAGGCUAAUAUUGAGAGCUGUAUCAAAACACUGGCUGACGUUGCUAAGGCACGGGCCAUAGCCAUCCCAGUGGAUCUGGACAGCCAGGUCAACACUUUGUCUCUCAAGGUCCACAGCAACAUGGUGCAGAGAGCUGCCAAGGACUGGAGAAUCUCUGCACGUACACGGCCCAGGAAGGAGCCCCUGGGCGGCCCAGACUACAAGAACAUCAUUGAGAAGCUGCAGGGUGUCGUGUCCCUCCUGGAAGAACAGUUCAGCCCGAAGGUUCAGGGAGAGUUUUCUGUGCUGGUGGAUGUUCUCCACAGCCCCGAGCUGCUGUUUCCAGAGGCUGCUCGCUUACGCUGUGAGAGCGGAGCCUUUAUGUCCAAACUGAUCAAACACACCAAGAAGCUAAUGGACAAAGAGGAGAAGCUGUGUAUCAAGAUCCUGCAGACUCUGCGAGAGAUGCUGGACAAGAAGAAUUGCUUCGAGGAGUAUGGAAAGGAGUUGAGAAAGAUUCUCCUCACACGCUACUUUGGAAAUCAAAAGCUUCUUUCCAAGUCAGAGCUGGGGAGUGGAAACAGCUCAUCUGGCGGCUUUGUCAAGCCGUCAUCUGGAGGAGGUUCUCCCAUGCUGGACUCUGACAAGCCCGGCAGCAGUAUGAUGGAGAUCCAGUGUCUCUUGGACAAUGUCGGAACAUCAGAGCUGGUGAUCGACCUCAUUGUCAACACCAAGAAUGACCGAGUGUUUGAGGAGAGCAUUCUGCUGGGAAUCGCCCUUCUGCAGGGGGGAAACACACAGAUACAGAACUCCUUCUAUAGUCAGCUCUACAAGCAGAAGAAGUCAGAGAGGUUCUUCAAGGUUUUCUAUGACCGCAUGCGUCUGGCACAGCAGGAAAUCCGAGCCACUGUGUCUGUCAACAUGUUUGAACUCAGCUGCAGAAAAAGGGACGAUGACUGUGACGUCAGCGGCAUCAGGUUCAAGAAAGGCAAAGACUCAGGCCUUCACAUGAGGGAGGACAUGCGCGGGCAGCUGAAGGAGGCCUCCUCAGUGACCUCAAAGGCCUUCUGUGCCUUCAGAAAGGAGCUGGAUCCUGACCUGGAAGGCCUGGGCCAAAACAGUGAGAUAAUCGGUGCAGAAGACGCUUUGGAGGAGACUCAGAUGAGCCCCUCCAUUACCAUCAUGAAACCCAUCUUGCGCUACAUGCAGCUGCUCUGUGAGAACCACAACUCAGACCUGCAGAACUUUCUACGCAACCAAAACAACAAGACAAACUACAAUCUGGUGUGCGAGACUCUUCAGUUCUUGGACUGUAUCUGUGGAAGUACAACUGGAGGUCUCGGGCUGCUCGGCCUUUAUAUCAAUGAGAGUAAUGUAGACCUUGUACGCCAAACCCUGGAGACCAUCACAGAGUACUGCCAGGGACCCUGCCAUGAAAACCAGACCUGUAUAGCCAAGCACGAGUCAAACGGCAUCGACAUUAUUAUAGCGCUGAUUGUGAACUCCAUCAACCCCUUGGAGAAGCACCGGCUGGAUCUGGUGCUGCAGCUCAAGAACAAUGCCUCCAAGCUCCUUUUGGCUAUUAUGGAGAGCCGCCAUGACAGUGAGAACGCAGAGAAGAUACUCUACAAGAUGAGACCGACUGAACUGGUGGAUGUGAUGAAGGAAGCGUACGCUCAGGGUCUGGAGAGCGAAGAGGAUGAGGACAGCGCCGGAGACCUGAUCAAACCCAGAGACGUCGGACACAACAUUUACAUCCUGGCCCAUCAGCUAGCACGGCACAACAAGGUCCUGCAGCAGAGCCUAAGACCAGGGUCGGUGUUGGGAGCAGCGUCAGCAGUUGAUCCUGACAAUGAGAAGGAUGAUGCCCUACAUCACUUUGCCAAUCACACAGCUCAAAUAGAGAUUGUGCGUCACGAUCGCACCAUGGAGCAGAUCGUGUUCCCAGUUCCUAACAUCUGCGAAUAUCUCACUGAGGAGUCCAAGGUGCGAGUGUUCACCACCACAGAGAGAGAUGACCAGGGCAGCAAGGUUAACGACUUCUUCCAGCAGUUUGACAACCUCUACAACGAGAUGAGGUGGCAGAAGAAGAUCCGCAAGAAUAAGGCACUGUUCUGGUUCUCGAGACACAUCUCUCUGUGGGGGAGCAUCUCCUUCUACCUGGCCUGUUUGGUCAACAUUGCUGUGGCUGUGUUCUACCCCUUUGGGGAUGACGGAGAUGAAGGCACCUUGUCCCCAUUCUGGAAUAUCUUACUCUGGGUGGCAUUGGGGGUGUUUACCUCGUUACUUCCUGUCUUACCCAAGCCCUUGGGCAUCCUGUUCUUCCUGGUCUCCCUCAUUCUACGUGCUAUCUACACCAUGGGCCUCGCUCCUGCCCUGCUGUUGCUGGGAACUGUCAAUCUGUUCAACAAGUUGGUCUUUCUUGUAAGUUUUGUGGGCAACCAGGGGACGUUCACUCGAGGCUACAAAGCAGUUGUUAUGGACAUGCUCUUCAUCUACCAUUUAGGCUACGCCAUCAUCUGCGUUCUGGGGCUCUUUGUGCACGAGUUCUUCUACAGCUUUUUGUUGUUCGACUUGGUGAUCCGUGAGGAGACCCUGCUCAACGUCAUAAAGAGUGUUACUCGGAAUGGCCGCUCUAUUAUUCUGACUGCUGUACUGGCCAUUUUCCUCGUCUACUUCUUCUCCAUCAUUGGCUUCCUGUUUUUUAAGGUCGACUUCCGCAUGGAAGUGGACCGCCUUCCUGCUCCAGGAAAAGAGGAGUUAUUGAGUGGCAAAGGACUUUCUCCCACAUGUGUGAAAGAAAGCUGCCCUAUAACAACACCUGAUGAAGACGAUGGAAUCGAGCGUGUGUGCGACACUCUGCUCAUGUGUAUCAUAACGGUAUUAAACCAGGGGCUCCGUAAUGGAGGAGGAGUGGGAGACAUUCUCAGGAGACCCUCUAAGCAGGAGCCUCUGUUUGCAGCCCGAGUGGUGUACGACCUUCUCUUCUUCUUUGUCGUCAUCAUCAUUGUUCUUAACCUCAUCUUCGGUGUCAUCAUCGACACUUUUGCUGACUUAAGGAGUGAGAAGCAGAGGAAAGAGGAGAUCCUGAAAACCACCUGUUUCAUCUGUGGGCUGGAAAGGGACAAGUUUGACAACAAGACGGUGUCCUUCGAGGAGCAUAUUAAAUCUGAACACAACAUGUGGCACUACCUUUACUUCUUGGUUCUGGUGAGAGUGAAGGAUCCAACAGAGUACACCGGUCCUGAGAGCUACGUGGCCCAGAUGAUUGCGGAGAAGAACUUGGAGUGGUUCCCCCGAAUGAGAGCCAUGUCUCUGGUGAGCAGUGAGGGAGACAACGAGCAGAAUGAGAUGCGCUCCCUGCAGGAGAAGCUGGACAGCACCGUCACUCUGGUGGCACAGCUGUCAGGCCAGCUGUUUGAGCUCAAGGAACAGAUGACAGAACAGAGGAAGAACAAGCAGAGGCUUGGAUUUCUGGGUCCUCCUCAAUCUAACCAUCACAUCCCGACCCACUGAGGGGCUCCAGGUUCAAACAGAACACAGAGAUUGGACCUUUGACUGCAGCACUGGGUUAGAAACCAGAUGAAAGAUGCAGACACACAAACUUCUGCCUUAAGAACAAUACAUGUACUACAAGUACAUUAACAUUUACUGGAAGAGGCCAGCAACUAUGGACACAUUGUUGUUGACAUGGUGCCUUUUCUUUGACACAAUCACUGCCUUAUGGGAUAGAAACGGUGCCUCAUUUGCCACUGGGAGUGCUUUACUGGCCGUUUAACCACACCCCACACAGAGGCACAGCACGGCACACAUCAGCCAGUGUAGUGUUUGAGCGCCAGACAGAGGUCGAGGGUUGUUGGGGAAAGGUUAAUGGUUAAGUGCUGUCAAGUCUGCGGACGUCCAUGUUUCAGCCGUCUCUCCUCGGCUGUCUCAACCCUGAUGUGUCAGAGAGAGAGAGAGAGAGAGCUGACUGGCCGCACAGUCAGUGAUUGGCGCUGAACAGAGAAGUCUGGGGUUUCUUGCAUGACUGAUUGGCCUGCCGGGUGAAAGUCUGAGAGAACAUCAAGUAUUCGCCCCUUCACGUUUUAAAUUUCUGACGGUAUAUCUGAGAGAACUUGCAGUUCAUAACUGGAGUAUUAUUUUUAUAUUCUAUUAAAGGAAUCAUGCUGCCUCCUUGUUAACUUUUAUAAACAGUACAAUCGCUAAAAGUGCACUUUUUGAAUAAAAGGUUAGUAAUGAAAGCCUGUAACUGGAAACAGUGGUUAGAUUUGGGUAUUAUUUUUGUUGUGCUUCUAAAUGCAUUUACUGCGCCAUUUCAGUUGCCUUUUUACAGAUUUCUACAGAGUAUAUAAAUAACAUAAAUGUGAUUAAAGUGAUGAUUAUUUGUGCAGAACUUACUUGAAAUUCCUUUCAAAUCUAAUCUUAUAUUGGUACAUAAUGUGAAGAUGGUAAGCUUACAGUUCUUUGUUACAAAUCAUGUCAUACUGUAAUGUAUCCACUACCAUCUUCUUCUUCUACUAUCUUUUUUUAUGUGUAAAUCAUCUCAUUUGUCUCUUUUGGACUGUAAUUGAUUAAGUGUAAACGUGUGUUUUAAACUUGCACAAACUCAUUGCAGAUUAUCAGUGCAUGGACUGGAUGCUGUCCUGCAUGACACUUUGUGUUUAACUGUAUAGAAAAAUAUGUUUUAUGUGGUCAGGUGUUGUAAUAAAUUUGUAACAAGAGUCAAUAGCA